GGGAGAUGUGAGAACGUGUACUGCUGCUUAAAUGACUACAGAGCUGAGCUUGGUUGAGAAAACGCUAUUGCUGCUAUACAUGUGCAGCAUUCCAAGAGCUCCACAUUUUCUUCAUUGAGAGAGGACAUUCAGGAGGAGAAGGACAGAAAGGAGAGGAGAAGGAUAAAGGACAUGAUGUGGAAAAGAGGAUGAACGAAUGCAGAGCGCAUCACCAGAAACUUCUGUCCUCGCUACAGAGACGCUCAUCUGGCAGCAGUGCAGGGAGAUGUGAGCAGCAGAUGCAGCCAGAAGCGGCAGAGCAAACGCCUGAAGCAGGAUAAGCAUCCACCUUGACAGCCAAACUUCAGCACUCCUCACUCCUCCACAAAUACGUGCUGUACAUUUACUCUCUCACACACGCACACACACACACACACCCAAACGAACGCUUCAUACCAGGACAGCAUGAGUGUGAUGCUUGGAUCCUCAGGCAGGAAUAUCUUGUGUUGUGCUGAAGCUGAGUAAAUGCCUAGAGCCCAGAGCAGCUGUGGCUGAGCGGAGGUAGAGAACAGGCAUUGCCAUGAUGUACCUGUGGUGAAUAGCAGUACCGACACCAGAACAAAGACCACCUCCACGGUCCUCCGUAGAAGGAACUGGAACCUGUACUCAGCAGACCCGAUGCAUUAAAAAUGUAUGUCCCCUGGGGACAGCUACCAACACAGUCUGGGAACCGCGCAGUGAUGGAGACUUUCGAUGAACUGGAGCAUCCCUUGCUAGGUAACAGCCCAAAAGGCUCUAGUCUGGGACCAGAGGUUAGUGGUGGAGUCUACAGAGGCAUCUUGGUGAGGUGUGAGGAUGAGAAAGCUCUUCACUCUCUGGCCUGGAGAAGCUACUGUGCGUCUGCAGACAUCCACCACCAGCAGUUUUUGGAUCCGUGCAGCCUUCCCAACACCUUGGAUUCUCUCUACUCUCCUGGCCCCAUGUGGGUCCCCACAGACUCCCUGGGCCUGCAAAGUAAGGACUACCUGGAGACCACCUUUGUUGACAUUGGACCCAACUCCCCUCUUGAGAGGAAACUGCUGGGGGAGGUCAAAGAUGCCCACAGCUUGUCUUAUAGUAUGGAUGAUGAGGAUGACCUUCUGCCAGAUUUUGAGGAUUCUUCAAGUGAUGAGUUCAGUGAUACAGACAGCGAAACCAACUUCCCAUUGAUGGUCCCUCAGGACUACCUUGGCCUGGCAUUCUUCUCCAUGCUCUGCUGUUUCUGGCCACUAGGAAUCGCAGCUUUUUAUCUGUCACAAAAGACUAAUAAAGCAGCAAUACAAGGGGAUUUCCAGAGUGCUAAUGCAGCGUCCCGUCAAGCUCUGUGGCUCUCAGUGCUCUCCAUCAUCUUCGGGAUCAUCACAUACAUCUGUGCUGUUGCUGCCCUCAUUUCCUACCUGUCUGGGAAACCACCAUAG